AUGUUGGCCAAGGUCUUGAGCGCUUUCCUCUUCCUCUCCGUCGCCACGGCGAAGCUCCACAACAACUGCGCCUGCCACAAUGGUGACAGCUACAACUUUCGCAUUACUAUGGAUGCAUGCACCGUCUACAAUGACGCAGACUACAAGUGGGGCGGAGCCACUUAUGACACUCCAUCUGGUCGUUGCGUCCAAGCAAACGCCGAAGCUCAGCUCGCUGGAGAUCAAUGGGAGGAUGCCUGCAGAGAAGUCGCUGCCAAGGGCUUCCCAUGUGCUGAUGGAAAGGGAACUUGCUUCGCUAACCCCAAGGAAGUUCGGGGCCGUUGCUAA